AUGAAGAGGCAAGUGGUGGAUGAUAAGUACACGAAGCCUCAAGGAUUGUACCAACUCAAAGAUGUGGACAAAAAGAAACUGAGGAAGCUUAUUCUUGAGUCAAAGCUGGCACCUUGUUACCCUGGUGAUGAUGAAUGUGGUUGCGACCUUGACGAAUGUCCCAUUUGCUUCUUGUACUAUCCAAGUCUUAAUCGAUCAAGAUGUUGCAAGAAAAGCAUUUGUACAGAGUGUUUUUUGCAGAUGAGGAGCCCUAAUUCUACCCGACCUACACAGUGUCCUUUCUGUAAAAACUUAAACUAUGCUGUGGAGUAUCGAGGUGUUAGGACAAAGGAGGAGAAAUGCUUGGAGCAAAUUGAAGAACAACGAGUUAUUGAAGCCAAAAUAAGGAUUAGAAAGCAAGAACUUCAAAAUGAAGAGGAGAGAUUACUAAAACGAAGAGAAAUUAGCUCUUCAAGCAGUAGAAGAAGACCAAGUGAGGUUGACUAUUGUUCAACAGCAGAGCCAUCCAUUGCUUCUUCUGUACACAAAGAGGAAAUUGUUACCUGCGAGGAGUCGCAUGUUGCUUUAGCAGUAACACAACCUUCACGUCCAAGGCAAAAUAGUGCAAAUCCUGUUUAUGUGAAUGGAGACUCCGGAGAAUGUUCAGGAGCUUUUGAUGCUCCUUUAGCAUGGUGGCACAGUCCCAUUUUAUGUUGUACUUUGGAGGAUGUGUUUGACCUGGAUCUUGAGGACAUAAUGGUUAUGGAAGCCAUUUGGCGGUCUAUUCAGGAGAAAGACAGGCAGCAGCAUGAUCCUCCGCCUGAUAGUGAUGCAGCUCUGUCACAAGAAUGCAUGGUGGAAGAUCGUGUCUCAUCAUGGAUGGCUCCAAUAGUUGGAUCGUCUUCAUCUGGAGGUCUUGCUUGCGCAAUUGCAGACCUUGCUGAACAUCAACAGAAGGGCCGAGAGCCCUCAAAUCAGUAUGGGAAGAACAUGUCUGUGUAUAACAUGCCGGCCUGUAGCAGGAUUUCCAAUUGUGAGGAACAAGAAUCUGAACGUUAUUUUCCUGUCGAGAGAGCCAUUGUGGCGUCACCCAAUAGCCAGUUGGCCAGUUAUACAGAUUGUGAAGAAUUUGAUAAUAAUGUUAGGUCUGCUAUACGACCUGAACCAAAUGAAAAUGAAUGCAGCUUUCGACCUGCUGUAAGGACUAUUGUUCCUUGA